AACAUUAUACGCUACAAAUACCUUCAUUGUAUUUAUCUUCAUUUUUUCAAUCUAUAAAAAGCUAAUCCAAAAAAAAUGGGCUGUUUCAAUUCCAAGGUGCUCAGUCCUGACGGUUUUUAUUGGUAUGGGCCAACAGAUUUCGAAUACAACACAAAGAAGGCCCUUUUUGAAAAGAGUAAUGGUCUUCUUUUUCGCCUUGUCAAUGAUGAGCGAAAACAGUGGGCGUUCUACAACGAUACCAAAGAGUACGACUUUAUUGUCACGACAACCUUUGGUCCUGAGUCUUCAAAUCUAAUCGCACUUGGCAAGACUAGUCUCAUGCUAAAUCAUGAUGGAACAUACACAUCCACCAAUGUCAUCCACCCAGGUUACACCGAGCCGUACAUUCAAGGAGAUAUAUCGGGUUUUGAUACCACCGUUGAGGCUGUGUUCUUGGACAACAAAACUUCGCAUAGAGUCCGUUAUGUGCCGACUGAUGUUGUUAGCCCUCGUGAUUAAAGAUACACCAUGCUCUAACCUAGGUAGUAGGGCCACUUACACGCAAACGGGUGCUACUACUAAUUGAUACAAAUGAUGGAUUACAUGGUGGCCAGGGAGAUUGUCUACAUAGGAAGCCCUCUUACAAAAAUUCUUAGAAACUCUUUGGUGCUCAUUUGCUACCACUCAGAAUCAUUUGUGUUGAUUGUAAAUGUAAGGUGAUUAGUAGUUUAUCUUGGUAAUAAUAUCGAAAAGUGGAGAUUUAGAUAUUUUUAUCAUUAAUGUUUAUUUUCCCGUAUUUAAUGAGCGUUUUUUUUUGACAAUAGAUAAAAAAGUGUAUUGGCUUUACCGCAGCAUUCAGUAUCAAAAUACUUGUGAGAUUCCUUUAAUUUUCUGGUUACGAUUGGUGCUCCAAAAAAGGAUUGCUUUCAAUACUUAUUUCUACAUAAAUAUGGCAAAGUAGUGUAAAUAGGUUCAAGGUGAAAACUCUGUUAUUGUAUUAUUCUUUACUUUUGAUUUGAAGUUAAAUCUCAGAUAUAGCUCAGCCUCUUAUUUUCAAGCAUUGUGUUAACAAUGCGAUAAAUAGUAAACUUUAUAGGUUAUGCUACUAUCUAACCCAUUUUAAGAUGUAUGAAACAAAGAUGUACUCAACGUUGGUAUCGUUUACCAGAAUAAAUGGGCGUAGCAUAAUAAGCAAAAAUUGAAAAGGCGUUAUUAUUUUCCUCCAUCUCUACUUUGAACUAUAAUAAACUCACGCUACCCUUUCUGCAUGCCGUCUUUUGCAACUCACAAAACGAUUGUUUUUAGUGGGACAGAAGGGCAUAGCAAACAGUAAAUGAACAAA